AUGGACAAGGAAAGACCAUUACUGUUCAGAGGUCAGAGACUAAAUAUGCAGAUGUUUACACCGCAGGAGAUUAAAAAUGAAAGUGUUCUUAAAGUGAUUGAUUCCAUGCUAUACGAUGACAUGGGACAUUCUGUUGUAGGGGGACUGCAUGAUUCAAGGCUUGGUGCAAUGGAUUCUGGGUCACCCUGUGGGAGUUGUAAUCUUGGGUACAACAGGUGCCUGGGACACUUUGGGCAUAUUGACUUACCACUCCCUGUUUAUAACCCAAUGACGUAUGACGUACUAACAAAGGUUCUUAAACAGGCUUGUACGGUUUGUUAUAGGUUCCGUAUGGGCAAGGAUGAAUCAGAAGGGUAUACAGCACAGAUUAAACUAGCACGGUACGGGUAUGAGAUAGAAGCAGCACAAGUUGGUGAUUUAUUAAAGGACAUGAAGUAUGCGGAAGUAAAGGAGGUUCUUAAGAAUACUAUCACAGAGGGCACUGCACAGAAAGAGGAUUCAGUAGAGACCAUGACACACGCCAUAAGAAACAGAUUCUUCGGGUUACAGAACAAGGCGUGCAUGUGGUGCGGAUCAUCAGAGAGAAAAAUAACCAGCGGAUCACUGCGUAUCCUGAUUGAGAAAGAAGCUCAGUCAAAAGAAGGUCCUUCAGUGAUAAAGGAAGAAUUACUGCUUCCGAUUGAAGCUGUCCAGAUGGUCCAGAAACUCACGCAGAAUGAAGAGGGAUUAUUAGGAGAACUCUUCCCGAGUAUGCACAGGAAGGUGCAGGGCACGAAUUUCCUGCUGCCCAUGUUUUUCAUUGAGGUCGUCCUAGUGACGCCCAAUCAGCUCCGGCCGAUGAAUAAGCUUGCUAAUGAAUCGAUCGUACCGAAUCCCAGGACAGUGGCGUACCAGAAUAUCAUCAGUGUAUGCAUAGACGUAUUUAACUUAGAGGAUCGGUCGGCUAAAUCAGUCACUGCUAAUUACAUAAAGCUACAGGAGGUUGUUAGUGAACUGUACUCAGCCAGGGACGUAUCCUCAUCUAAUAAAGCACAGGCACAGGGUCUGAAACAGCUUAUUGAGAAGAAGGAUGGUAUAUUCAGGAAGAACAUCAUGGGGAAGCGGGUUAAUUAUAUUGCACGGUCGGUUAUUUCACCUGAUCCAGCGAUUGGUGUGGAUGAAGUGGGCCUUCCCGUUGAAUUUGCAUCUAAAUUGACCAUUCCCGUGGGGAUAUCCCCUGUUAAUAUUGAAGGGUUACGGCAGGCAGUGAUUAACGGACCGGAAUAUCCAGGUGCUGAAUUUGUAGAGGAUUCAUCAGGCAGGCUUAUCAGCUUAAAGUACAUAUCACGUGAUAAGAGGAUCCAUCUGGCUAAUCAGCUACUUACGUGCACGUCAUUCAAUGCCCACUCCAUCACGGACAAAGAUGCCCAGGAGGUGUUCACUGGGGAGGUGGACAGACAGAAAAUAGAGGGAAAUAUUCGCAGAGUAUGGCGGCAUAUGCGAUCGGGUGAUAAUGUCCUGGUUAACAGACAGCCAUCCCUGCAUAAAGUAAGUAUGAUGGGGCAUAAAGUAAAGGUGCUCCCAAGGGAGAGGACCAUCCGUCUUCAUUAUGUCAACUGUAACUCGUACAAUGCCGACUUUGAUGGGGACGAGAUGAACGUUCACUUCCCACAGGAUAUUGCAUCGCAGGUGGAAGUGGCUGAAGUGUGCUCAACUAACCACUGCUUUAUUUCUGCAACUAAUGGGGCACCCGUACGUGGCCAUGUACAGGACCAUGUGGUUAUGGGGGCAAUCCUCUCACAGAAGAAUAUUUUCGUGGAGAAGGACGAGUACGCCCAGCUACUCGUGGCAGCUCUGGGGAACAUUCCAAGCAUAAAGAAGUACGCCCUGGAGCAGCCUGCAAUUCUUAGGCCAGUAAGGAAGUAUACGGGAAAUCAGUGCAUCACAGGGGUUAUUCGCAACUUAGGCAUCGACAUAAGCAUAUCGUGCAAGACCAAGCUGAGUGACCAGUUUAUAACCCGGAAUGGUGUGGUUAUUUGCGGGUCCCUGGAUAAGUCGCAGAUCGGAACUUCCUCAUACGGCCUGACGCAUGCAGUGAAUGAGAAGUACGGCGGUGCCAUGAGCAAUAAUUUACUAACGGCGAUCGGAAGACUUCUUAAUCGGGCACUGGUCGUAUUCGGACAUUCGUGCACCAUGGACGACCUGGCAAUAUUUGAAGGUGCUGAGCACUGCAGAAGGCAAGAAAUUGAGCAGGGACUCCUUGAGGGGAGUAGUGUCUCAAACACGUUCUUGGAGAACAACCCGGAGUAUCUCUUGAAAGUCUCUAGGAUCGCUGCGAUCGGAGAAGUCCCUGAGGAUAAAAAGGAGCUGGAUGCAGAGAUGAGGAAGCCAACGAGUGAGUGCUCCUCAAAGGUUCUUGAUAUAACGAGUGCUGGUCUGUGCACAAAGGGAAAGAGUAACCGCAUGUACAUUAUGGUGGCUUCGGGUGCAAAGGGCAGUUUAGUGAACUUAGGCCAAAUUAUAUCUAUGCUUGGCCAGCAGGAACUUGAAGGAAUGCGUGUGCCGAUGAUGCCCACUGGGAGAACUCUUCCCACGUUCAACCCACUGGAGAAUACGCCACGGGCGCACGGGUUUAUUGCCCAGCGGUUCUUAACGGGAGUGCACCCAGAGGAGUUUUACUUCCACUGCAUGGCAGGAAGGGAGGGAUUGAUUGAUACGGCCGUUAAGACCAGUAGGUCAGGAUACUUGCAGAGGUGUCUUAUUAAGCACUUAGAAGGUCUCCGGAUUGAUGUGGAUGGGUCUGUGAAGGAUGCAGAUGGUUCUGUUAUUCAGAUGGUAUACGGAGAAGACGGCAUUCAUCCAGAGAAGUCGGCGUACCUGCACAAUCACGAAUUCUUCAACCAGAACCAGCACGGCGUAUCCGAUGGCAAGAUACACGGCGUACUGGGCAUAAACACGGGCGAGUUGUACAAUAUGCGUACUAUUACAGGGCGAGUCUCUGAGAAGUACUUGAAGUCAUCUGAGCGCAGCAUAAGAAAGGAUAAUUUAUGGGAGAGGUACAUUAAAUGCACAGCAGAACCGGGUGAAGCCGUUGGAGUACUUGCUGCACAGAGUGUGGGAGAACCCUCUACGCAGAUGACACUGAACACCUUCCACUUAGCCGGUGUUGGGGGAAAGAACGUGACUCUCGGCAUGCCCCGGCUGAAGGAGCUGGUCAUGCACGCCACUAAAAAGAUAAAGACCCCGAUUAUGACUGUAGAAGCAAAGCGGCCACCAACCCCAGGGGAGGAGCAGAUCCUAAAUGUCUCAGGCCGCAAGAGCCUCCUGUCACUCAUCACAGGCAUAAAACUAUCCGAGCAAGUGCUGCUGUAUAAUACUACACCAGUACAGCAACUAAAAAUAUCGAUUACCCCGUUCAGUGCAGUAUUAGAUGCCGUGGAGAGUGCCUUAAGAAGCGAGUUCUUUGUCAGGUUCAGUAGGAACAUGAAGAUGUUCUUCAAAUCACUUGCAUCCCAGGAGAUAACCGAAACCUCAAAGGAACUCAAAGAACUCGUCCUGGAUAACCCGGAUGAGGAUGAGGAUGCAUCAUCAUCAAGCACCAGCCAUGAAGACCUCUCAGAUGAAGAACCCUCAGAUGAGGACGGGAAGGAUGAACAAGAAUCCGACCAUGAAGAGGAUAAAUUUGAAGGUAAAUUUGAAGAACCCUCCUGUGUUAAUGAUGGCACUACAAUUCACAUAACCCUGCACACGUCUGCAGCGUAUAAGACACUUUACAUGCCCCGUAUUGAGGGCAUACUCAGCAAGAUGUACCUGGAGACAGGUGCUACAUUUGAGAGCUGUACGUACAAUAACAGCCAGUACUUCGUGCAGCAGGGGGGUAUCCACUCAUUAUUUGACCGGGUAGGGGACUCACUCCUUUGUGACUUAAUGGAUGUAACCACUGUAAGAUCAAACAGUAUCUGGGAAAUGUUCAGUACGCUUGGGAUAGAAGCAGCACGGUCUUCUAUCAUCAGGGAGAUAGCAGCUGUAUUUGAGGUGUACGGUAUAACAAUUGAUUACAGGCACUUGUCACUGAUUGCUGACUACAUGACCCAUAAGGGAACAAUUAUCUCAUUCAACAGGAGUGCAUUUAGUGUGAUGGGGUCCCCUAUCCAGAGGAUAUCCUAUGAGACUGCGUAUACCUUCAUAAAGGACACGAUCGUAGACAGUUCAGUUGAUAAUUUAAUUAACCCUUCAUCCUGUCUUACGAUAGGAAAGCCCAUUCCGAUCGGUACAAAUAUGUCUGAGGUAGGGUACAACAUAGACUAAUAAACAG